ACACGAGCUGAUCCCCAAAUCACUCAAACAGCCUCCUCAGUCCUCCCAGACUCUUCACUCUCAAUCCCAAUCCCUUACUUGAAAAGUUGAUAAAAUCAUGAAGAGCCCAUAAGUUUUCUCAAGAAUUUGGUUCUAAAGGAGGCUAUUUGCAGAAUUGGAGCAAGAUUUGAAGAGAGUUGGAGAGUUGUAGUUCGAUACUUCGAUUUGAAGAAAAGGAGUUCAAGAUAGCUGAUUUUGUUUCAAAUGGGUUGGAAAGCAGCUGAGAAACUUAUUAGGCACUGGAAGGUUCUUAGAGGAGACAAUGUGAUGAUCAUAAGAGGCAAAGACAAGGGUGAGACCGGUGUCAUCAAGCGAGUCAUUCGCUCUCAGAAUCGUGUAAUUGUGGAGGGCAAAAAUCUGGUAAAGAAACAUAUCAAGCAAGGCCAAGGUCAUGAAGGCGGGAUAUUCACUGUCGAAGCUCCUCUUCAUGCCUCAAAUGUGCAAGUUGUUGAUCCAGUAACAGGGAGGCCUUGUAAGGUUGGCGUUAAUUAUCUUGAGGAUGGAACAAAAGUUAGAGUAGCAAGAGGCACAGGAGCAUCGGGAUCUAUAAUCCCUCGACCUGAAAUCUUGAAGAUGAGGACUACCCCAAGACCUACCGUUGCUGGUCCAAAGGAUACUCCUAUGAAUCUUGUGUUGGAGAAGACAUAUGAUGCCAAAACAGGAAAGGGCAUGCCUGAACUUUGAGAGAACUAGUUUUAAUGUCAAUGCAGGUCAGAUGGAAAAUUUUGCAGAAGAAAGAUGGCAGCCAUAUUAGUUGUCGUAGUCCGGCGAAUGACCAAGAAUUUCUUGUACUGAACUUCUGCUUCAAUUCGUAUUUUCGUUGGAAUAUUGUACAAACUACAUGGCCAAAUUACCAGUUUGCUAUAGGAACUUCUUAGAUUCAAGGCCAUGAGUUCACGAACAACCAUUAUGAAUCACUCUGAAUAAUAGUAUGAAGCGUAUUGGUUUUCAAACAAGAGAA